AUGAGGUCCGGUGGCAGCCUCCUCCAUCUCCUCCUCCUCCUCUUCUGGGGCGACUUUGCCCUCUGUAUCCCUGAGCUCAUACUGGCCGACUCCUAUGAUGGCAACUGUUUCCAAUUCCACGAAAAUCUCAAGCAAUGCGGUGAGCCUGUAGAUCGUUUUUUCUACAACGUCAUCAAUGAGAGGUGCGAGACUUUUGUUGACUAUGGAUGCCCCGCAAGGCUCAACCGCUACAUCAGCAUGGAGCAAUGCCUGGAGUACUGUCACCCGAAGAAUGAUGGCAACUGUUUCCAAUUCCAUAGAAAUCUCAAGCAAUGCGGUAAGCCUGUAGAUCUUUUUUUCUACAAUAUCCUCAAGAAGAGGUGCGAGACUUUUGUUGACUAUGGAUGCCCCGGGAGGCUCAACCGUUACAUCAGCAUGGAGCAAUGCCUGGAGUACUGUGACCCGAAGAACGUCUGCCACCUGCCGCCCAUCAAGGGCGUUUGCAAUUACAAACGAGAACGGUGGUUUUUCGACCCCAAGACCAAAAGCUGCAAGAGUUUAAUCUUCAUGGGCUGCGGGGGAUACAACAUCAACAACAACUUCGAAAGAAAAUGGUUGUGCGAGCGGACAUGCCGCUAGAGAGGCUCUCCCUAAGGGCUCCGUGGAGGGAAGCUCGGCCUGCUUCUUUGUGCUGAAGAAAGAGGGAUGGAUCAGGACGAGGCCAGGCGCAGGGAGCCUCCAGGCGCCUUCGGAAGGAAGGGAAUUCUGGAAUAAAUUAUUGCCCGAAGGAGACGGUGGUCCCGGAUUCUGUGCCUGUUGCAGGGGUGUUGCUCGGGAUGCGAUUCCCAGAAGGGCGCAAAGGCUGCCCCCCCUCUUCACCACCACAGAG